AUGCGUGUCUAUGGGGUAUACUUGAGUCUGAACUGUGUUCUUAUGUUCAUGGUGGUGAUGAUAUUACCCUUCCUAGGGUUGCUUUUCUGGCUUGAAAACAAGUUAUCCAAUGAUUCCAGUGAGGCCAAUCAUUUGAAGGAACAUGAACAGAUCAAUGAUGAAAGAAACAACACCCUAUUCUGUGAACGAGAUAGUGCAAACUGUUCUUGCCCCUUCUGUGGCAGAUUAAGCAACACAAUCACAACAUGCUCACGCUGCAGAACUGCUAUACAUUGCUCAAAAGCAUGCGAUGUUAAGCACUUGAAGCUCUGCCAUAAUAUUGAAUGCGUUGAGAUAGAGGGGUCAGAAGAUCAGCCAGAAUCACCUUCUCAUGGAACUCAUUGUCUUCUCAUGGAUAAAUACUCAUUGAAUGAAGCUGAGGAGAGAAGAUAUGCAGGAGAUUUUUACCAUAUUGAAGGAGGAGAAAACAGUGUUGAUGAGUUGUGUGAUGAAACAUCAUUGAUAUGUAGACAUGGCAUUGUAAAUGGUAAUGAAGGAUGUGCAGUGUGUGGAAAUCCAAGUUCUAAAGUAUGCUCAAGAUGCAAAGCCAUAAAAUAUUGGUAA